AUGAACUUUGUUGAUCAAAUGCUAAGCAAUGAAAAUAAGAAAGAACCAGAAUACUAUCUCACGUUGGGAUGUGAUAGGGCCAGUACGAUCGAUCAAAUCACUGCUGAAUAUCGUGCUCGUGUGAAAUCUCUUCAUCCAGACAAGUUGCUUGACGAAAAUGAUGAGCAGAAGAGAAAUGAAUAUAUACGCUUGCAGUCAGCUUAUGCGACUUUGUCGGAUCCAGAGCAGCGUGGUUGCUACGAUGCAUGGUUGGAUUGCCUGCUUCCACUGACUUACGAAGAGUUCAAGCGAAAUAAAGAUGCCGUCAAAGUUUCUAUGCAUUGGAUCACACCUAAACAAACCCCCAUGAUAUCUCCGCCUGAGCCUGCAAAAGCACCGGAAUGCAAUGAGCCGGCAACGAAGAGUUCAGCAAGAUGGGAGACUGGCAGAUACGAGUCUGAAGCUGUUAGGAAAUUUCGGAACUAUGAACUAUAA